CAGCUGUUAUCCAGUGAGCUGCUAGUGUAAAGAUGUUAAAGGGUCAGUGUAAGCCUGUUGCCAACACAAAGCACAGGGCUCCUUUCUCAUUCUUAUAUUCGGCCUCUUUCACCAUCAUCUGCUCUGUCCCUGCCCCUUCCCUGCAACUAGGAACGCUUCUUCCCUCCUCCACUCCUACAAAAAGAAACCCGGCACUUAUCACCUUCAGCUUGAAACAGCAGACUACAGGACUGGAAAUCUUCCACAAGUAGAGAAGUAUAUACCAAAAGAAAGAAGACACAGCUCUUACUGGGAGAUAAACUGAGUUCUCAUCAGCAAUUGCGGGAUAUCAGAAAAGCCACAUUUUCCUUUCAAGAAUGCCAGGAAAUCAAACAUUUUAACUAUUGUUUUGGGCAAAAGAAAAAAAGAAAAAAGAAAAGAGCACAAAGACUCGUGCUCUCAUUAAAUGUGACUGGAAGAAAGCAUAAAUACAUUAUUAUAGUAAUUAAAACAAGAAGAAAAUACAAUAUUAGAAUUUAUCCUGUGUGUGCAAUGAAGUACAGAACAUUUGCUUAUUUACUUGUGAUGUGAUACGAACCAAAGUGAAGGAAAUAUGCACCUUGUUGGUAAACAGUUGAAGUUUUAAUACACUGUCAACCAGAUACUGAAGCAGAAAUGUUAUAAAGAAAGUUAAAGUCUGAGGACCUAGAAGACUUUUAAUAUUCUGAGAUACAGGAAAUAUCAAACUCUAAGUCAUCAUUUCAGAAAACUUGAAUACAUUGAAACCCAAGAACAAUAACCUUACAUUAAUACUGAAGCUAUUCAUUGUAUUUUGCUCCAAGGCAUUUUCAUUCAUUUUCUCAAGAAGCAUUGUUUUCUAAGGAACUAUGGUUACUGCAUUUCUUCUGUGCUUUGGUCUCAUACUGGAACUUGUUACAAAUACAUAUAGUUAUUCCACAUGCCAGCCUGCCGAUCUGGAAGGAUUCAGGGCGAAAAGGAUCGAAGCAGUGAGGGGACAGAUUCUAAGUAAGCUGAAGAUCACCAAACCCCCUGAGACAGUCACUGUCCCUGACGAGGUUCCUACAGAAGUGAUGCUGUUGUAUAAUAGCACCAAAGAGUUGUUAAAGGAGCGUGCCCGCGACUCAACAUCAAGCUGUGAGUAUGGCACCACUGAAGAGGAGUACUAUGCAAAAGAAAUCCAGAAGAUCGAUGCAUUACCUUAUAGCUAUGGUGGAGACAAUGCAAUUUCCACCAUACAGUAUAACCCAUAUUUCCGAAUUGUGAGGUUUGAUGUUGCACAAUUAGAGAAGAAUUCCAGCAACUUAGUGAGGGCUGAAUUCCGUGUGUUCCGUAUACCCAAUUCCAAAACCAGGGUGUCUGAACAAAGAGUUGAAUUAUAUCAGAUUUUAAAAGCCAAAGACUUUACUGCUCCUUCUCAACGCUAUAUUGACAGUAGGAAUGUGAAGCUACAUCUCAGUGCAGAAUGGCUCACGUUUGAUGUCACAGAGACAGUGAAUGAGUGGCUUGUACACCGUGACAGGAAUCUGGGAUUUAAAAUUAGUGUUCACUGUCCAUGUUGUACCUUUAUCCCAUCUACAAAUAACAUCAUUCCAAACAAGAGUGAAGAGUUGGAGGCUCGAUUCGCAGGUAUCGAUGAUGACCUCAUCAAAGACUUGAAGCCGAAAACCAAGCUUGCAUACAGCAUGAAAACACCUCACCUAAUGCUGACACUGUUGCCCUCACAUCGGUUAGGGUCUGCACACAAGAACCGCAGGAAGAAGCGAGGUGUGGAACAGUCACAGCACUGCAGACAACUAGAACAAGGCUGCUGUCUUCGCUCCCUCUACAUAGAUUUCAGAAGGGAUCUAAACUGGAAGUGGAUUCAUGAACCCAAGGGAUAUAAGGCCAACUUCUGUGCAGGGAGUUGCCCGUAUCUGUGGAGUGCUGACACUCAGUACAAUAUGAUUCUUCCGCUUUUUAACAAAUUGAAUCCAGAGGCUUCAGCUGCACCAUGUUGUAUCCCCCAUGAACUGGAGGACCUGCCUAUCGUUUACUAUCUUGGUCGGACUGCUAAGGUGGAGCAGUUGCCAAAUAUGGUGGUAAAAUCUUGCAAAUGCAGAUAAAUUCAAUCUGGACUUCCAAGAAGGCAAAAAGGAGUAAAUGAAUAUUUCAAAAGGUUACAGUCUUUUUGGCAGACAUGUCGGGUACAGUUUUUCUUGCUGGCAUCACUCUACCAUCAUUAUUAUCCUGUUUUCUCUGGGUAAUGUCAGAUAUGCCUUCUUGAAGGACUGGCAAAAUAAUCAGAACAAUGGUAAAAGCACACUUUAAAGACAGACACUGGACUCCAGAUUUCAGCUGUUUGUCCUUUCAAGGAAAUGUCCAGCAUUUUGGAUUUGCACCUAGGUGGUUCUUAACAGCAUGAAAUUGUAAGUGACAGAUACCUGAGAGCCAGUUCUCCAACCGUGGAACAAAGCCAUGACAGAUAGUAAACAAUACAUAUGGAAUAGAAAUUUACAGCCUUUUCCAAUAUGAGAAUCUAGUCAAGACAUAGAUUGGAGUCUGUUAAUAUUAUUUCUGAAUGAUAACUAUGUCACAGUUACUAACUUCACUUCAAGGAUGAGAAUAGUAUAUUGAACCCAGGCUGGAUCACAAUGAUUUUGUUUAUAGAAUAAGGAUAGUAUGUUUUAAAAGAAAUUAAUAUCAACUGAUUUUACAUGCUCUUGGUGGAUGAUUAGAAAUAAUUUUAAAUGUGCAUAGUUUUAAGAAUGUUUCAUGUCAUCCCAUCAGUUGGUAGUAUGUUUGCCAUUUAAUAUAUUUCUUGAAGAAAUGAAGUGUAAAUGUUCCACAACUGUUCAUGACUUUUCAGUUUUGUUUUUUUUUUUUUUGUUUUUUUUUGUUCUUUGUUGUCUUUUGUCAUUUUUGUCUCCUAAGAGCUCCAUUUUUUCUUAUCAGAAGAUUCUGAAGCAAAUCCUUUAAUGUAACUAGAAAAUGUAAAAAUUACAGUAUAAAGAAAGCAGGAAGAAAAAAAACAACAUAGCAAACUAAAAAGAGUAACAGCUUCAAUUGCCAUUCUUAAUAUUACUAUAAACAGUAGGAAAUUACCAAUAUUAUUAUCUGAAUGAAGAAGGACUGUACUGGAAAUCCAGCAGCUGAAGUUUCAGAUCUAAGCAGCAAUGUAUUGUGUGUGUGUGUGUGUGUGUGUGUGUGUGUGUGUGUGUGUGUGUGUGUGUGUGUGUGUGUGUGUGUGUGUGAGACUGCACACCCGAGUAUGUUUGAGUGAAAAAGUAACAAAGUUGCUUCUCAAGGACCACAGUUUAGUUUAUACAUCAUCGUUUGCCUUACAGAACCAGAGCAACACACAAAAUACUCACAAAUUAAUCAAAAAGUACCACAACACCAAAAAAAUGUGCUGAGGCAUUUAUGCCAUAACCAUGACUUUUUUAACCAAUUACUUGAUUUCCCAGAUUCCAGAUGAAAUAAUUCCAUAGUAACACAUCUGAUAUGGAAAA